AUGGCCUUGAAUGCAGAAGACACUUACCUUUUGCGGGACAGCUGCCACGUAUCAGCUGCACCUCCCGAAGGGCUACCGGACGCGGGCCUGGCGAUGCGGACCGCAAGCGGGGCCGUGCAGUGGGGGGCGGCUGAGCAUCAUCUGACAGCGCAGGGUGGGGUUUAUGCCCUGUGCUGGUGUGCAGCACUUCCGGGGGCAUCCAACUCAUCCAAUAAAUCAAUGUGCUCCCAGUCCUCUUCUUUUGUGCAGUUUGGUUCCCUGACAGUAAUCGGGCCAAGUCCGACAGAUCAAUCGAGAACUUGUUACAGCGGCCAGCCUUGCAUCCUCAGUGGUUUGACUGGACUACAUCUUGCAGAUACGAGUCAGUUGAGAAUACUCAGCAGCUGUGGAGGGGAGCAAAUCCCAGGAUGGCCUGAUGACUUCCAGCUGCUCUUGCCAUCCGAGAACUCAAGCGGUAGCAUGUCUGUUCGCUGGGGCACAGUUUCAGCCGCUGGAGCAACCUACCGCCUCUGUUGGUGUUUCGACCAUGCCUGUGAUUCUCUGGGCACUUGGAUUGAUUUCGGCACGCUGCAUCUGGCUGGCCCACAGCCUCUGCAGCAGCAUCGAACCUGUAUUACAGGACAGCUUUGUGGUUUCGCUGGCCUCACAGGCUACGCCCUUCCAGCUGCCAGCCAUGUGAUGGUCUUAGAAACCUGUGGUGCCGACACAAGGGGAUGGCGUGCUAGUGACGCAGUCGCGCUUCGGAAUGAUAGCAACAUCUCUGUCUGGCUGACGCAGCCAGGAGGCACGUACAGAAUGUGCUGGUGCUCCGCCGUGGACAGCCCCUGGUCAUCGAAUGCCAGCUCCACUUCCAGCGACUGCAGUCUGAGCGGUGAUUUCCGUGUGGACAUGGGGGAACUUCUGGUCAUCGGUGUGGUCCCGCUCGUGCAACAUCGCACCUGCAUCUCCGGACUGACCUGCUCGUUCCAUGUCGAUGGACUCUGGCUUGGUACGGGAGAUGUAGUUUCCGUUUUUGACACUUGUGGCACAGAGGCUUCCAAGUACUCUGCAGAGCUGGUUGAUCUGUGGGGCAACAGCACCGGCAACAGGAGCUUGGAGAGCAGGGCUGUCUCUGGGGCCACCCUGCGACCCGGCACACUGCUGGCCUUGAGCGGUGGGUCGUACCGCUUGUGCUGGUGUCCAGGCUCCGUUCGCGAUUGCCUCGGCGGGCAGGAUUUCAAUGCAGAUUUCGGGGCGCUUACCGUAAUUGGGCCAAGGCCGAAGCAGAUGAGAACUUGCGUGGCGGGACAAGCGUGUGCGCUCGAUGGAAUCGAAGGGCAGGACUUGAGUCCAGAAGCCAGCUUCGCGGUUCUGGACACUUGUGGCACCACCACCAGCGCACCAUUCCUGCCAAAUGUCAUCGUGCACGAUAGCAGCACUCUGCCACUGAGCGGGUUUACGCUGCAAGACUUCUCAACGACACCGGUCAUUGCUGGUCAAUACAGUUUGUGCUGGUGCCCACGACCAGCCGUCAACACAUCCAUGGCUGGCUUAAACCAAUCUACGCCGCCCUGCUUGCUUGAAGAUCACUCCGUGCCUGCAGGCAUCCUGCAGAUCAUUGGGCCGUCUCCAUUGCAAAACACUCGCACCUGUGUCAGUGGGCAAGCAUGUGCAAUUCACGGCCUGACGGGAGCCGGUGCCUAUCAUUUGACUCCCGGCGAUCAACUUCUCUUGCUUGACACGUGUGGAGCUUCGGGAGCCUUGCUGCAGCGGUCAGUGAGGCAACCCAUGUCCGCACAGACGGCACUGGUUUUCAGCAGCGGAGUCAUCUUCUCCUGGCCCGACAUGCAGUCAACUGCUGGUGGGAACUACCGAAUGUGUUGGUGCGCUGCUGGCUUUGCUUGCAGCACUGCUGAUCAUUUUCGCGUUGAUGUCGGGGAGCUGCUUAUUCUGGGUCCAGCACCGCUCCUGCAGGAUAGGACCUGCGUUAGCGGACAUCGCUGCAAUGUAGAAGGUCUGCAAAUGUUUCCAGCUCCGAACCAAGGCAACUCAUCUGUGAAUUCCUCGCUUCUCUCUGUCAUGGUGCUGGACACUUGCGGGACCUUCUCUCUACCAGCGCGGCUAGCACCAACGGGUGGUGCUGCUGGAAGCGACCUGCUUCUGAGUGAGCAUGUCAGUUCCGCAGGAGGCAUGCACAGGCUCUGCUGGUGCGGCAUGCCCCCAUGUGAGAAGGCUACUCACUUCAACGUCGAUGCUGGGCAUCUGCUACUUCUAGGUCCGAGCCCAUUACAGCAGCAGAUGACCUGUGUCAGCGGCCAGAGUUGCGUCGUGCAACUCAGCUCCUCCACCAUGACGGCAAUGGAGAUGUCCAUGCAUACAAGUGUGUAUCUCUAUGAUGCGUGCCCUGCUACCACACCGGUGAGCGCAGCCGCUCCGAUUGUAGGUCCGCUGCAGUCUGCUCCUGUGGUGCUAACAGCUGCAGGGGGAGUAUAUCGGAUGUGCUGGUGUAGCGCAUUGGAUGGAACUACAUGUGCUCCCAGUGAUUACAUUGUGGAUGCCGGCCAGCUGUUACUGAUUGGACCGUCGCCUCACUCACAAACUCGAACUUGCAUUGGCGGCCUUGCUUGUCGGUUCCACGACUUGGAUGGGCUGCACCUGCAACCUGAGGAUCGACUGCUGCUACUUGACACUUGUGGUCAGAACUCUUACGUCGGUGUAGCAGCCUUCCUGCAUCCUCCAGGAUCGCAAUCAAACGACACCAAUGCUACCGGACCUGUGAUAUCAGCUGUGUCAGCUCUGUCCUCUCUGCUGCACAUCACGGGGGCAGGCGGUGGGUACCGACUUUGUUGGUGCUCUUCCGGUUUUGAAUGCAAUCUGCCAGAAAACUUCAGGGUUGAUCUCGGGCAGCUGCACUUGCUGGCGCCCUCACUCUUCGGAAAGACGUGUUUGAGUGGACACAUCUGCCAGCUUGACGAAGUCUUUGAAGGCUUCAGCAGUGAUUCGAUGCUGGUGUUGCAGACAUGUGGACUGGCAAGUCCGGUUGAAGGCUUUGGAGACUCUGUUUGGAGCAGCGCAAACUCGGACAUGGUCAUUUCUGCGGCUGGGGGCAUUUAUCGAAUAUGUUGGUGUGCUGGCGGAAGCUCAGCCCCAAAUGCCACUUGUCACAUUCCGGGCUCUUUUGACACGGACCUGGGCUUUUUGAUGGUGAUCGGACCGUCCCCGUUGCAACAGUACCGGACCUGUGUCGCAGGCCAGGCCUGUAGGCUCAGCCCUCUGCUUGGGCAUUUCCCGGCGGGAGAUUCCGAGGACUCCUUGGGCUUGGGGGCGAUUGCCAUACUUGAGACCUGCGCGAUUGCGAUCAGCCCAGGGCUUCGGGCAUUGAGUUCCGGCGGCAUCAAUGGAUCGCAGUCCCUUGGCGGGCGCAGUGUAGUUCAGUGGGACAUGGUCGAGAAUGCUUCGGAAGUGCCGUGGCUCCACGAAGGCGCUCUUUACAGGCUCUGUUGGUGCUUGGAUGCAGAAGGUUGCAGCCGUGUUGAGGACUACCGAACAGAUGUUGGUGGCCUGCUCGUGGAUGGUGCGACAUCUCACGACGUCCGCGUCUGGGAACUCUACCACUCGGAGUCUGCGAACGGUCCCUGGAUCAAGGCCUUCAAUGGAGCUGCAGCACCCGGUGUGGGUGAGCAGGAGUUUGGGGGCUGGUCGCCCUCAGCUAGCCCCUACUGGCGCUUGGUCGUGCUGCAGACCUACUCGGGCCAGGAGCCCCGACUACGUGAAGUCCAAUUUGUGGCCCAGGGCAAGAUCGUACGGCUGAGUUCCAGCCAGGUCGUCUCAGCUUCGGGACUUGUCCACUCUUCGGGAGGCGUCAGCUACCCUGCGAGCAAGCUGGUUGAUGGCAAGCUCGAAGACGACUCGCGUUGGAUUCCUGCCGGCCUGCCUGCAGCCUACAACAAGUGGGAGGUCGUGUUCGACGUCAGAGGUGGUGAUGCUUUCCUGGUGAUGGAAACCUGUGGCUCUGCUGCUCUAGUCGACGGCAUUCCUGGCGCAGGGUUUACAGAGGAAGUCACAUCAACAGGCGCCCGGGUGUCCUGGGGUGCUCUCACUGCUAUCACUGCGCAGGGAGGCCGAUACCAGCUUUGCUGGUGCGCGCGAGGCGGCGCCUGCUUGGAUCCAAUGGAGGAUUUCCGCCUGUCAAUCGGAAGUCUUUUCAUUGCGGGCCCGCACCUCAACGCAGCUACGUGUUCAAGCGGGCAGACAUGCAUGAUAGAGGCUUUCAGGGGCCAGGAUCUUGUGGCAACGGACCUGCUCAUGAUCCUAGACACUUGUGGAAUAGAUGCAUCGAUGGGUGCGCUCAUGCGGAAGGUUCCCAGCCUCGGAACCAUUACAGUUGUGGAGUCCAGUGAUGCAUCCGCAGAGUUCAUGCGGACAACGCAGGCGUCCGUUGCAUUUGAUGGUGAACUCAUCUGGCCGGGUGGCAAGUAUCAGCUGUGUUGGUGCAGGCCUGUGUUAGCGUCAGGUGCGCAUUGCGAGUCACCUGCAGACUUUAAGACACCGGCUGGUAGCCUUCAUUUGUUUGGACCCUCUCCCAAUCGGCAGCAUCGAACAUGUGUUAGCGGACGCGCCUGCCCUGCACAAGCUGUUACAGGAUAUGGUGUGUUUGCUGACGAUCGAGUCUUACUGUUGGAGUCUUGUGGAGUGCGCAGCGUCGUCGACCGCUUCUUUGCAGUGGACAGCUGGCAACUGAGCCAGGCUUUAAGCAGCACAGCGAAUGAGACGUGGCUCUGGAAUGCGACGAUGCCGCCUGAAUCCGAGACUCUAGAGACUUUGGAGAUGUUUGGCUGGGGAAACAUACCCAUCACCACUGCUGGGGGCAGGUACCGGAUGUGUUGGUGCUCGAGGCAUGCUCGAUGCUCAGAGCCUGCCGAUUUCAGCUUGGAUUUCGGGGAGCUUUUGGUGAUUGGUGCAGCUACCAGCCAUGGUUACACCUGCGUCUCUGGCCUUCCUUGUCAGAUAGACGGCCUGGAGGGAGAGAGCCUCGGUAUGAACCAGCAUCUUGCAGUCCUUGACACCUGCGGCGUCGGCAUGGACACGCUUGUCAUGACAGGGAUGUCUGACGGCUCAUCCUUUUCCUGGGGCUCCACGCCCAUCCUCCUUGCUGGGGGCACCUACCGCUUGUGUUGGUGCGCAUCCAGAGGCCCUGAGGAUUUCCUCAACUCCUCAAACUCCUCUGCUUCAAACGCCUCUCUGGCCUCCUGUUCCGGCACUGGCGACUUCGCAUUGGAUGUAGGCAGCCUGAUGUUGCUUGGACCGUCGCCACACUUUCAGCACGUGACUUGCACUUCGAGCCAGAAGUGCCAUUUUGACAUGCUCCGGGGAUUUGGUUUAACUGAGACCGGCUAUGUGCGCGUGAUGGAGACAUGUGGCGUCCUUGCGGCAGCGGUGCAACGAAUGCCUGUGCAAGCCUCCGUCCUUCCCUCUACGGGCCGUUCCGCGAAAGCCAGCUGGGAUGCACCGACCUCUGCAGCUGGUGGUGCCUAUCGGCUUUGCUGGUACUCUGGUGCACGCAGCUUCAACCUUACCAACAUGACAGAUGAGCCCGGUGACCCUGCAUUCAAUGUGGACUUUGGCACUCUGCACCUUCUUGGUCCUGGACCUCUUCAACAGGACAGGACCUGUGUGAGUGGACAGACUUGCAGGGUAGGUGGCAUUCAGGGUGCAGGAGCUGAGCUCGGCUCCUUCCUAGUGCAGGAUACGUGCGGGAGUCUCGGGGUCCUGCCUCGCUUUACAAAUGCAGGCCUCAUGGACUCAGCAUCGGACGGGGAAGUUUCCUGGGGGGUAUCCAAAGUAACAGCAGCUGGGGGCUUGUAUCGCCUCUGCUGGGCAGCCUUCCAGUCAGAUAUCUUCAGUCCAGCGAUGGAGCUCAACCGCACAUGGAACGGAAGCGACAGCUUUACUCUUGCGCGGCUGGCAGACGCAGCAGAUACCACCAACGCGACCAACAACAUGAACAGAAGCAUCAUAUUGGACAGGAUAGUGGAUGUCGGCCAGUUCACCCUGAUCGGUCCUGCGCCCCUGGGUCAAGACUUCACUUGCAUUGCUGGCGACGCCUGUGACCUUCGCCCGAUCACGGGCUACCAUCUGCGUCCGAAUGAUGUCUUUGCGGUCCUCGGAACUUGCGGUGAGAUUUCCGCUGCCGCGGAAAGCACUACAACGGUGAGGUUCGAGAUUCCGAGUAGUGGUGUGUGGCGCGCACCCACAUUACCCGCAGGUAUGUACCGGCUGUGCUGGUGUGCAGAGCUGGGUGCCGAAGCAUUUAACGCCAGCGGACACAGCAACUUCAGCCGCAGUUCCUGCAUGCUGCAGCAGGAUUUCCAGGUGGAUAUGGGGCAUGUGUCUGUGCUGUCUCCAGAUCCAGCUGACCAGAAUUUGUCGGCUGAUGAUGUCUCCUUUGUUCCGAGCAACGAUAGUCAGGUACUGGUGGCCUCCAGCCCUUGGCCUGCACAGGCGCGCACUUGCAUCAGUGGACAGCCCUGCAGCUUUCUCCUGCUGGGCAUUCAGCCCGCUGAUCUCGUCCUGGCUCUCGACACGUGUGGACUGCCCUCUUUAAUUCCAAAGUGGCCAGCUGGUGGCCUAAGCCUACCUGUCGCCACCGGCACAGUUGGCGAGAAUGGAACAGUUCCUGCAAAUGGCAGCAGCAUUCCGAUCAGCCAGAGAUUGUCAUGGGGAGGUGAGCCCGUGACCGCGGUCGGAGGUGAGUACAGGCUAUGCUGGUGCAGCGCGAGCUCCGCGUCUUGCGACACCUUCGACGAUUUCGUGGUUGACUUGGGAAGCCUGCACCUCCUGGGGCCGCAGCCGCAUACGAUGACUUGCGUCAGUGGUCGGGCCUGCCAGUCCUCCAUUCAAGGCCACAUGAUCUCUACCAACGACAGCAUCUGGGUGCUGGAGACGUGUGGAGUACAAGGACAGAAGUUCGAGUUCGCAAUGCAAAGCACGAUCUCACAGCCUGAAGUCAGCACGAGCACGGUGCAGAUGGCAAUCUCGCGUCUGGUCGGCCUUGGGAAGCAUUACAAGCUCUGUUGGUGUGCCUCUGGCUGCCCAUGUGCAGAUGGUCGCGACUUCAUCGUAGAAGCAGGUGAUCUUGUGCUACAGGGCCCAUUCAAUCAGCAGGACAGGACUUGUAUCAGUGGCCGAACGUGUGUUGUCGAAGGCAUUCAGGGUCAAGACCUCUCUGACCUGGACCACUAUCUGAUCCAAGACACAUGUGGUGCUGACCAGGUUGUAGAGUCUUUGGUGAACAUGGGCUCCCAUGUCGAGGUGACGUCGAGCGGCGCUGUGGUUCAUUGGGGAGUAACGCCACACACAGUCGCGGGGGGCAUGUUCCAGCUUUGUUGGUGCACCAACCGGCCGAUCCACAGCAACAUCUCUGUUGAAAAUCUCUGCGGAACCUCAGCGUCCUUUGUGUCCACAGUCGGAAGUUUGUCUUUGCGCGGUCCUUCACCUCUUGCCCAAGACCGAACCUGCAUCAGUGGAACGACUUGCAAAGUCACCGGGCUGGAAGGGCAUCUCUUUGCUUUCGGUCAAGAUCGAGUUAUGGUGUUGGACACGUGUGCAACACUGGGGUCUGCCGGCUAUGCUGUUCAGGCAGAUGUUGAACUCGGUGGUGUCUUGAAAUUCCAGCCAGAGGUACUGUUAUACGGCGGGAUCUACCGCCUGUGUUGGUGUGGAAGGGUGUCAGACAUUGUUGAUACAAGGCCGAACCGAAGCUGGGCUACCGCAGAGGAUGGCCUGAAUGUCAGCGGCUGCCAGUUGCCAGAAGAGUACCUGACAGACUUCGGCGAGCUGCAUGUCGUCGGCCCCAGACCUGCGGAGACAGCUCUGACAUGUGUAGCCGGGCAAAUUUGCAAUGUGCGGCAUAUGGACGGACACCUGUUAAGUUCGCAAAGUCCUGGCAGUGUGCUGAUUCUGGAUACUUGUGGAGUGCAAAUGCAAUCACUUACCGCGCACCAUGCACUAACGAAUUUCACAGAGUCUCCGGCGGCGCAUACUCUUGGGAACAUUCCGGUUUACGGUGGAUUGUACAGACUCUGCUGGUGCCAUGUUGGCUGCUCUUCUGAGUCGGCUUAUGCGAUUGAUGUCGGGCAAGUGUGGCUUCUGGGACCCAGUGCAGCAGAUCAACAUCGCACGUGCGUCAGCGGCAGGAUGUGUCGUGUCCGAGACAUUUUGGGUGUCGGCCUUUCCAGUGCAGACAGAGCCAUGUUAAUGGACACCUGCGGAUCUCCGACAGUUUCUGGUGUCGUCAGCGCGGGCAUGUCUAACAUGUUUGCAAACGCGACAUCGUUCGUCUGGAAAGUCGUCACGGCACAUGGUGGACAGUACAAGCUCUGCUGGUGCACGCAGAAUGAAGCAGUUUCUCUGGCAAGAACCCCUGUCUCUCCAUCCUUUGUAACGGUUCCAAACUGCAGUGAUUCCAUUCGUUUCGGGCAAGAGUUUGGAAGGCUAUACCUACUUGGCCCAUCUCAUCCAGAUCAGUCCUUCACUUGUGUCAGUGGGCAGACCUGUCAGAUUAGGAGCCUCCACGAUCCACAUGCAUCCCUUGAAGAUUCUCUGCUUCUGCUAGAUACCUGUGGAUCUUCAGACAGUUACGUUCCAAGAUCUACCAUGCAGCCUGCGUCUACGAUUCAGAGUGAUGGAGAGCUCGUUUUCGACUGGAAUGGUGUGCAAACCAUGCAAGGAGGCCAAUACAGACUGUGCUGGUGUACAACAAGGUCUGAAGAUGGCGUCAAUGCUUCUGCUCUACAUCUUUGUGAGCAGCCCGAACACUUCCUGGUAGACUAUGGGCAGCUGCACAUCGUGGGCCCUUCGCUGAAUCAAAUCCGAACUUGUGUGGCCGGUUGGCCAUGUCACCUCAGAGGCAUCGCAGGCACGGACUUGCAGGCAGGAGAUAUGUAUCUCAUUUUGGACACUUGUGGAGCCGCCAGCCUGGUUCCUGAGUCGCCAAGCGGUUUCCUUGAAUCCUCCGGGAACCAGGGUACUGAUGUCGCCUUCCGUUCACCCGUCUCAUCCAGUGGAGGAAGCUAUAGAAUUUGUUGGUGUGGCCAUGGCUUUCCAUGCGCUUCAUUCAAGGAGUUCAGUGUUGAUCUAGGUGAGAUGGUGCUGCAAGGUCCUAGCGCACCUGACCAGUCCUUCACAUGCAUCCGGGGACAACGCUGCAGAGUGUCUCACAUACAAGGUGUGUUGUCAGCGAACGCCGAGUUCCUUAUUCUGGAGACAUGUGCCGUGACGGGAAGAGGGACUGCGACUAGCGCUUUGCCCGUCAAUGGCUCCCAGGGAAGCUCAGUGUUGUGGGACAUGGAACUGACCGUGCCUGGUGGUGAGUACCGCUUAUGUUGGUGUGCAGACGGCGUGCCCAGGGAACGCGCUGUGGAAAAUCAGACGCUCACUCCAUCUGAGUGGGCGAUGCUUGCCACCAAUGCCAGUUCUCCUUUCAAUGUCAGUUUCUUCAGUCGGAGUCCAUGCCUCCAGCCAGCACAGAGGGUAGAUGUCGGGAGCUUGCACCUCGUUGGCCCUUUGGCAGACCAGACCUUCACGUGCAUCAGUGGCCAGCGCUGUGUGGUUGACUCUGUACUUGGGCUGGGCCUCAGCAGCAACGAUUCUUAUCUGCUCCUGGCUACUUGUGGCAUUCCCAGCGUUACCCAGCGAUUCACAGGAAGUGGACAUGCGGUUGAUAUUGCCACAGGUGGUACUACGGUUAGUUGGGGAGUGGUUCCCUUGACUGCUGCAGGGGGUGCGUAUCGACUGUGCUGGUGUGCACCAGAACCUUUUAAUGUAUCAGACCCCUGUGCAUCAGCCAUGGACUACACGGCAGAUGCAGGGACUUUGUUCGUCAUUGGUGCAUCACCUCUAGACCAGGACAGAACCUGUGUAAGUGGAUGGCCUUGCGUCAUCGAAGGCAUAGGCGGCAUAGGCCUCACCGAAAGGGAUGCAUUAGCUGUGCUCGAAACUUGUGGCCAGGCGGAGGCUCCAGUGGUUUCCCAUGGCUCUGAAGCAAGACUGGCUGUGGCUCUUUCGCCUGUGCGAGGUCUUUGGCAGUGGACGGGAGGUGAAAGCGUAGCUGUCGGCGGCAGCUACCGCUUGUGCUGGUGUUCGGGUGCAGGGAGAAAUUCCAGCCUUGAGUCGAACUCGUCUUGCGUACUACACACAGAUUUUCGUGUAGACAUCGGCGCGCUCACGGUACUAGGGCCAGCACCUUUGCAGCAGGCCUUUACAUGCGUCAGUGGGCAUUCCUGCAGCACAGAUGGAUUAACUGGUGUCGGGCUCAGCCAGGAUGCGAUAAUGAUUCUGGACACUUGUGGUUCAGAAGGGAAUGUGCAGAAUGUAGAGCUGAAGUUGGAUGCUGUCAGCGCCAGGCUUACCAUGCAGGGCGGGCAAUACAAACUGUGUUGGUACCCCCAAGUCCCAGAAGGAGCCAACGCUUCCAACGUCACUGAAAGUUUGGCAAGCCCGACGUGGAACGCAACUGUGCAGCCCUGCCAGAACUCCAGACAUUUCACGGUUGCUUUCGGUCAUAUGCAGAUCAUAGGUCCGCAUCCUCUGGCACAGGAUCGCACCUGCGUCAGCGGGCAGACUUGCCGAAUGGAAAACAUGCAGGGAUUGCACCUGUCAGAAAAAGACAGCUGGUUCGUGUUGGAAACAUGCGGUAGUAUUACGCCUGUGGCUGGCUUUCCCACGGUGGCUUCUGUCCAACGGUUCGAGGCGGACAACUUAACAAGCCCUUCCAGUAUGGUGGUUACGUGGCACACCAGCCUUACUAGUGCAGGUGGCGCAUACCGCUUGUGUUGGUGUGGCUGGACGGGUGAGAAUUCAACCUUGAGCAGCUGCCUUUCAGAGCUGGUCGAUGCCGGCAAGCUGGAGGUGCUCGGACCGAAUGGUUUGGGUCACUGGGCUCCAACGCAACGGGGUCACUGUGGAAAGAGGCCACUGCAACCUGCUCCUCGGGCAGGGUCUGCAUACCUAAACCUCACCAUGGAUGCUUGCCGUGCCACAUGUGAUGCCCAAUACCCAGACACCUGCAUCGUUGCACUGUUUGCGGAUCGUGGUUCGGAUGUCGGCCUCUGCAGCAUUAUGCUGGAAUGCACGGUCCUGGCAGACUCUAGCGAGGACACCCUACUCCUUUUCCCUGACAAAGCCCGACCGGACAUCAAGCAGUCUCGGACCUGCGUCAGCGGCCAAACCUGCAUGAUCAAGGGCCUGCUUGGGAAUGGGUUGUUGGACACUGACAGCUACAUGCUCAUGGACACUUGCGGUCUGGCUGAUGCAUUGAUUGACAGGGUCGACGACGCUAGUUUGACGGUCUCUGUGUUGGCUUCCAACAGCACCGUGCUUCUUGGAAGCCCCUUGAGUGCUGCUGGAGGAACAUACCGGCUUUGCUGGUGCAGUGGCCUUAGCACAUGCAGCGUGUCUGAGUCCUUCCGAACAGAUGCUGGGGGUCUUCUCCUCUUGGGUCCGACACCUCUUCAACAGGAUCGAACUUGUGUUGCAGGAAGGAGGUGCGUCGUGGAUGGUGUGCUUGGCCAGGACUUGGCUGAUGGAGACAAGCUCUGGAUUCUGGAUACGUGUGGCACGGCAUCAAAGGGCCCGAGUGGUUUCCUUUAUGCGGACUCUGCAAACUCGUGGCUCGCAGGCCCAGCACAGGCAAGUGGCGCCGUUUUCUCUUGGGAGGAUCUGCCCAGCAGCCUUCCUGGCGGAGAGUACAGGUUGUGCUGGUGCAGUGUCACGCAGGCUUGUUCGAAUAGCCACGAGUACAUCGUGGACAUAGGCACCAUCACUUUGCAGGGCCCAUGGUAUUCAGCAGCUUCGGUGCAGAAGCGAACCUGCGUGGCUGGCCUGUCAUGCAUCAUUGACGGCCUGGAAGGACGACUUCAUGGGCUCGCUAUGAUCUUGGACACGUGCGGCAGUGCCCGAGCAUUCCCAUCGAACUCUCCGGUGGCAGCGAGCGACUACAGCGGCCACAUGCGGUGGGAAGUGCUGACUCUGCAGGGUGGAACUUAUCAACUCUGUUGGUGCACUUCCGACAACGAGGGUGCGAAUGAAAGUAACCGAUCAGUGUCACAUUGCCGGUCUAGCUUGGACUUCUCAGUGCCUUUCGGAGCUCUUACCGUUCUGGGCCCAGAGGCCGGUCAAGCAUUCACCUGCGUAAGUGGGCAGGUCUGCACCUUCGAUGGCAUCAAAGGCCAGGGGCUAGCAUCGGAGGACGUCUUCCUGGUGCUGGAGACAUGUGGGACAGCAUCUCCCGUUGGGUUUGGGGCUGGAUUAACAGUUCCCUCAUGGACGGCUGAGGGCAACCAGUCCUGGAUCUCCGCUGAUUGGAGCUGGGCACAGCAGAAUGAGAAUCUGUCCUUCAGCAGCAACGGAAGUGUGUCGUGCUCCGUCAUGCCCGGCACCAAGGGCUGCCGCACUACUGAGACUGUCAUCGGUAUCACCUGGAGCCAAGCUGUGACUGCCCCGGCGGGAACGUACCAGCUAUGUUGGUGUUCCGCCGUGGAUUUGUACGCGUGCACGGCAGCUGAGAGGUUCGUUGUCCCGAGUGGCCAGAUCCUGCUGCGAGGUCCGCAUCCAUACCAAGAUCGCACGUGCGUUGCUGGCCAGACCUGUUCCUUAGACAGCAUUCGUGGAACCCAUCUUCUUGCAGGUGAUGUCUUCAUGAUUCUCGAGACCUGUGGGACUUCGUUUCUGCCAGGAGGCAUUCCACUUCUAGGGGAAAUCUACCCAAAUGGUACUGACUCUGUGAGCUUGGAACAAGGAGCUUACAAUUAUUCGCUGCCUGAUUCGUACCGUGUCUCCUGGGGACCCACUCCGUUUACAAGUGGUGGAGGCGUGCACAGGCUGUGCUGGUGCCCGGCAGGCGACCACUGCGCAGAGGGCGGUGGACAACACUUUUUGAUUGAUGUUGGAGCAUUACAUGUAGUUGGACCCACUGCCAACUUCAACGAGUACGACAGAUGGCUGCGUGGCAGCUGUGCAGUUAGUCAGCAGAUUAGCCUUCAUGGCGAGGCUACCAAGGUGCAGUGCUUUGAGCUUGGCAGGUAUGCUCCUUCCACAGUAACUGCAGCUCAGUUCUACAGCUUCGGCAACUCCUCCAGCUGUGCCCUUCUCCGGACAUGUGAAGAUUUUGUCUCUACAGACGGGUCGAACUCUGAGGUGCUAUUUCUCCAUUCCGAGGCUGCUCAAGAUCGAACUUGUGUGAGUGGCCUCUCUUGCAGCAUCGAGGGCAUCAUGGGGCUUGGCUUGUCUGCGCAUGACUCCUUCAUGGUCUUGGACACCUGUGGGUCGACAUCGCUUGUGAGCGGUGUACCAAAAAGCACAGUUGUGGCGACGGGCACUGCCGUGAUGACCAUCAACGGCACGAACAACACGGAUCGACGGCCUGCCAGUGAGCAGAGUUUGCGAGUCACGUGGAGUACCGUCACACCUGCUGGUGGAAGGUAUCGGUUGUGCUGGUGUGCAUCUGGCUUCUCCUGUCCUUCAGCAGAAGAGCACAGAGUAGAUGUGGGCUCCAUUUCCUUCGUGGGGCCCUCGUUUGGGCAGGACCGCACUUGUGUCUCUGGGCAGACAUGCUUCAUCGACGGCUUGGAGCUGGAGUCAGCCACAAAUGCAGACAGCUUCAUGGUUAUGGACACUUGUGCACUCCCAGAUGCGGUGGUACGUGGUUGGCCGGCUGCUGCGGUUGCCUCAAAAGUUGCUGCAAGCGGCACAUCUGCGUACUGGGGAGAUAGUGUCGUCCUUGGCACAGGUGGCAAGUUUCGACUUUGCUGGUGUGGGGAUGGCAUUUGUAACUCGGUUCUGCGCUACAGUGUCGAUGUUGGCAGUUUGUCGCUGAUCGGCCCAGCUCCCUUGCAAAAUGCACGCACGUGCAUCAGUGGGAGGCUCUGCAGCUUCGAUGGGAUCGCAGGUGAAGGGCUGCAGGUAGGCGACGCGUGGCAAGUAUCCUGCAGUUGUGGAAGCGCUUCGGUGUUAUCCGGCCUGCCUCUCACUGGCUACACUCUCAGUGUUAGUUCUGGCAGCGUGAGUUGGGGUGGAAUCAGGAUGUCCAGUGCGGGCGGGCAGUAUAAGCUGUGUUGGUGUUCGGCCUCAUUCCCUUGUGCGCUAGAGGACUUCCGCCUGGAAGUGGGGACUUUGGAUGUAAUAGGCCCCUCUCCAUUGUCGCAGCACCGCACAUGCAUUAGCGGGACGACAUGCCUAAGCGUUGGCCUGACGGGCCACUUCAUGGAUUCGACGUCUUACUUUGCCAUUCUGGCAACAUGUGGCUUCGCCCAAGCAAGGAGCGUCAACAGCGAAAUCGAGGUCGUUCGGUGGGGGCGCAGCGUGCUGACGGCACCAGGUGGCCAAUACCGACUGUGCUGGUGCAUGCCGAGCCCGGAAGGCAUGUGGAAUUUUUCCAUCAACGCCACGGAGGACUGCAAGCAAUGGGAGCAGUUUCAGACAGAUGCUGGGACUCUUCAAGUCAUCGGUCCGGCCCCAUGGGACCAGCGCCAGACGUGCAUCAGUGGCCAGUCCUGCAAGGUGGAGGUGGGGGGUGUGACGAUGCUGAGUUCCAGAGUGCUUCUCCUGGAAACUUGCGGGCUGGGUAUGCAGCUUCCGGGCACUUACUUCGGACCAGCGCAAGCUCUUGCUGGGCAGCAAAAUGUCUCUGACAUGGCCAUGUACAACACAGAGCCUUUAAGGCUCGCCGGAGGCACUUAUCGCCUUUGCUGGUGUGCUGGACUGGACCCUUUCGAGAACAGCACGGAGGGUUGCUAUGACUCUGCGCACUUUCAAACAGACUUCGGCUCCAUUGAGAUCGUGGGGCCUCGGCCUUUGGCGCAACACCGCACCUGCGUCAGUGGGCUCACAUGCCAGAUCGACGGCAUUCAAGGUAGGGCAUUCAGUUGUCGAGACUCUUGA